AUGAACGCUACCAAUUUCGUUCAACAGCAAUUGCGUUUGCGCCAUGCCAACAAAUGCGGCUACAUGCUGCGAGCCUCAAUUUCAUCCAAGAUAGGCGUGCCAUACGAUACGGUGGGAUGUGGCUUUUCUUCAUUAAUUGCCCCUCCUAAUCGAACUCACGUCAUUGUCAGGACAGAGAAUAAAGGAUCUGCUGAACUGCACAAUUUUGUAAUGGAAUUGUUUUCGGAAUGGGACAAACGGAGAAAUGACUCAAAAAUCGUGGGCUUUGAACUGCAGUCACACUUUGCCAUCCGAAUUUCUAUGGGAUCCUUCGGAAAGGAUUUAACUGUCGAACUUUCUAGUAUCUAUGGCACUGCAACUGAGGUGAUGCAUAUUGCGGAGACAACUUGCUCAAGA